UAUAGAAAACUGCGUUUAUAAGAUUUAAAUAUAUUAAGAAAUAUAGAAAGAUAACUUUGAACUAGAUCUGUUCCUGGGGUGCGUUCGAAUAUGAAAAGUUAGAGUAGAGUACGUUUAGUUAGAGUAGAGUAGGGUUAGAGUAGAGUAGAGUAGAGUUUACCAGCAGUACUCUAAACCAUAUUACUCCGAAUAACCGAACGAUAUAUUGUUAUCAAUUUUUUCGUACAGAUAAAUGAUAAGCCAUAUCAUAUUCAUUUUUAAAAUAAGAAAAUCAAUUUUAAUUUUAAUUUAGUCGUAAAAAUAUAUACUAAACUACUACGUCCUGUCCUAUUGUUUAUCGACCAGUUAUUAAUUAUUAUACAAAACAAUCAAUUAGGUAUUUCAAGAUGAGCCACGAGAAAACAGAACUAUUUGUUAUGUUAGAUUCAAUGGGGAAAGCAUUGAACAAUGAACUAAGAAGAAAAAUCGUUCUUAUUGACAUUGAUAGUUCAGAUGAUGAAUUUGAUUGUGAAUUUAUCAAUCGAUUACGGGGUAAUAGAAAAAAACCAUUUAGAGUGCAAGAUUUUCUCUCUCAGACAAUUCCAAAUUUUACAAAUAAACAAUUUCAACAGCACUUUAGAUUAUCACCAACCUCGUUUGAAAGGUGUUUACAAAUUUGUGCUCCCCUUCUACAGAAAACUAGUGUAGAAGGACGUAAAGGUUCGGACGAGAGGCUUCAACUAUUGUCAGUUAUUUGGUUACUGGCUACACCAGAUAGUUUUCGAUCAGUUUCUGACAGAUUUGAUAUUGGUAAAAGUUCCCUGCAUGAUAAUUUUGUCCGUGUAACUACUGUUUUACAUAGAUUAUCCCCAACAGUUAUUAAUUGGCCCACAGUUGAACAAAUGCAUCAAAUUCAACUUAAUUUUGGUAAGAUGUCGAAGACUUGUCUGAACAAUAUAAUAGGUGUUAUUGAUGGAUCUUAUAUUCCAAUACCUGCACCUAAGAAGUCAGCUAAUUCUUAUCUCACAAGAAAAUGUUUUCAUGCAAUAACAUUGCAAGCAGUAUGUGAUGAUAAAUUGAGAAUCAUUGAUGCAUUUGCUGGUUAUCCUGGAUCUGUAGGUGAUAGAAGAAUAUUCACAAACUCUUUAAUUUAUGAACGAAUUUUGCAAAACAAAAAUAGAUAUGCUCCAGGUCAAUAUUUCAUUGCUGCAGAUAAGGCAUAUCCAAUACUCGAAUGGUGCAUUCCACCAUAUAUUGAUCGAGGUAACCUUUCUGAACAAGAAAAGUUUUUUAAUGUUUCAUUGUCACGUGCUAGGCAGUCCAUUGAAAGAUGCUUUGCACUGUUAAAAGGUCGUUUUAGACGUUUGAAGUAUUUAGAUAUGAAAAAAGUAGAACUGGUUCCACAAACUAUAAUUGCUUGUUGUGUGUUGCAUAAUAUUUGUUUGCAAUUUGAUGAUAAUCAAUGGAUGAAUAAUUUGAUUUCCGAACAACAACCUAAUAUUGGUGACGAUAUUACUACUGAUCAAUUAACUUGUUACAUAGAAAAUACGCAGUCUGGCUGCAUGAAAAGAGACCAAAUUAUGGUUUCUUUAACUUAAUAUAUUUAUUUAUUUGUUUUGAUUUGGUAUUUGAGCUUUGGCAAUUAUAACUAUCCUAAAAUAUUGCCUAUCAAUAACAAUAACGUUA